AUGUCGUACAAUCCGCAGCUUGCCCAGACUGCCCAGCCGCAUCAACCCUCCAAACCCGGGCCCGGUUCGCGCGCUAAACUCAUCGCGGAAUCUGCCAUUGCUGCUGUGGUACAGGGCGUGAUAUGGUACGGAUGGUAUGUAUCUGUGCUCGAGAUAGGAGUCGGAUGGCUGCUACGCAAGGAACGUCGGCCGCUUGAUGCUGCGAUAUACGGUCUUUCAAUGUCAAUCUUGAUGCCGUUCAUCUCGUGGACCCAUCUCUACCUAUGCUCUGGGCGUGCCACGCAUAGCACCCCUCAUUACAGCGCCCCGCUACCUUACUCGGUCGACGUACCACACGAAUCUGGACCAGAUGGACAAAUGGAGUUUUGCCGCAAAGGCAGGUGUAAUGGGCGCUGGAAACCUCCCGGCACUCACCAUUGCUCAACUUGCGGCACCUGUCGAAUGGGCUUCGACCAUCAUUGCCCUUGGCUAGGAAACUGCGUCUCGAUCUCGCGCAUGAAAGCCUUUCUAGCGCUGCUUUACUUCACGGCACUGAUGGUACCUCUGGCAAUAUGGCCCAUUCGAAAGAAGAUCGUGCAGCACGUAUCACACGCCCUCUUUGUAUCUCAUGAAGAUCCUUGGGCGCGGCAAUACUGGUGGGAUCAAUGGUACUCUUGGAUCUUCAUAGGGGGACCACCUGGACGCUGGUUUGUGGGGGCGAUACUCGGAUUCAGAGCAAGCAAGAGAUACUCAAAGAAUAUCGGCAUGUUCGAAGGGAGUCCAAUAGAUGGAUCGUUCAUCGAAGAACCGCACGCCCGGUUAGUCAUUAUUGCAGCGGCAGGGUCGCUUCUGGGUGCAUUUGCCUUCGUCAUGGCGAUCGUGACUACGCGGGACCUUCUCAAAGGGCAGACCGCUCUCGACUCGAUCCGCGCUCGUGUGCGUAAAGGUCCUCGUUACGGGAAGUUCGUCACCAUACCCGGCCAGACAUCGCCUCAGAAUAGAGGUGCGGCGUCCGGAGUGGACGUGAUUGCACCGCAGUGCAUUCCUCCAUCUAGCCCUCUCGCGCCGCGGACAUAUCAAAUUCCCAUGAACGAGCGCCUAUACGAUCUGGGGUGGAAAGAGAAUUGGCGACGAGUGUGGAGGUCGCCUCUAUUUCCUUCUUCCUCUGUGCAGCCAUUGCAGCAGACUUACCCUUGGCCCAAGUUGAACACUGUGGUCUUGAAGCGCAUACAGACUGGAGCAUAUCCUCAAGCGUCGUAG